CGAGCCUCCGUCCGGCCCGAGCCGCGGCCGCAGCGCCCGCGCCAGGAAACCAUGAAGGGGGACACGCGUCAGCUGAGCGGAGAGGAGGAGGCCAGCGGGAGGGAAGACUCCAUCAUGACCAACGGGGCCUGCAGCGACCAGUCCUCCGACUCCAAGGAUGCCCCGUCCCCCCCGAUCCUGGAGGCCAUCAGCACCCCGGAGAUCAGAGCCACAGGCCGAAGAUCGAGUUCCCGACUGUCCAAGAGGGAGGUGUCUAGCCUGCUGAGCUACACACAGGACCUCACCGGCGACAGAGAUGAUGGAGAGGACGGAGAUGGCUCCGACACGCCGGUGAUGCCGAAGCUCUUCCGGGAAACCAGGACGCACUCCGAAAGCCCAGCCGUCCGAACCCGAAAUAGCACCCGAGCUUCCAGCAGGGAGAGGCAGAAGCCCUCCCCCCGUUCCACCCGAGGCCGGCACGGCCGCCACCCCGUGGACGACAGCCCCGUGGAAUGCCCAGUGACCAGGUCCCUGCUGCGCCGAACCGAGUCCUCGGCCAGCACCCCGUGGCCGUCACCCUCCAGCUCUUACCUCACCAUCGACCUGACGGAUGAUGAUGUGAUCCCACAGAACAGCAGCACGCCCUACACCUGCCUGGUCACGGAUGGCCCGCAGGAUGGCCCGGAGUCCCCCAACGUGCGGGAUGCUGACAGCCGAGACACAGACAGCACCGAGUACCAGGAUGGGAAGGAGUUUGGAAUUGGUGACCUCGUGUGGGGAAAGAUCAAGGGCUUCUCCUGGUGGCCAGCCAUGGUGGUGUCCUGGAAGGCCACCUCCAAGCGCCAGGCGAUGUCCGGCAUGCGCUGGGUGCAGUGGUUCGGUGACGGCAAGUUCUCCGAGGUCUCUGCAGACAAGCUAGUGGCCCUGGGGCUAUUCAGCCAGCACUUUAAUCUAACCUCCUUCAACAAGCUGGUCUCCUACAGAAAGGCCAUGUUCCAGGCCCUGGAGAGAGCCCGGGUAAGGGCCGGCAAGAACUUCCCCAGCAGCCCAGGAGAUUCACUGGAGGACCAGCUGAAGCCCAUGCUCGAGUGGGCUCACGGGGGCUUUAAGCCCACCGGGGUUGAGGGCCUGAAACCCAACAACAAGCAACCAGGGAGUAAGACGCGCCGACGCACGGGGAAUGCAGACGACUCCACGGCUUCCGACUACUGCCCCCCACCCAAGCGCCUCAAGACCAACUGCUAUAACAACGGCAAGGACCGAGGAGAGGAGGAUCAGAGUCGAGAGCAAAUGGUCCUGGAUUUGACCACCAACAAGAACAGUCUGGAAGAGAGCUGCUUGUCCUGUGGCAAGAGAAACCCCGUGUCCUUCCACCCCCUCUUUGAGGGGGGUCUCUGCCAGACAUGCCGGGACCGCUUCCUCGAGCUCUUCUACAUGUACGACGAUGACGGCUACCAAUCCUACUGCACCGUUUGCUGUGAGGGCCGUGAGCUGCUGCUCUGCAGCAAUACCAGCUGUUGCCGGUGCUUCUGUGUAGAGUGCCUGGAGGUGCUGGUGGGCGCGGGCACGGCUGCAGAUGCCAAACUGCAGGAACCCUGGAGCUGCUACAUGUGCGUCCCCCAGCGCUGCCACGGCGCCCUGAGGCGGCGAAAAGACUGGAACACGCGCCUGCAGUCCUUCUUCACCAGUGACCCCGGGCUCGAAUACGAAGCCCCCAAAUUAUACCCUGCGAUCCCUGCGGCCCGGAGACGGCCCAUCCGCGUCCUGUCCCUGUUUGAUGGCAUUGCAACAGGUUACUUGGUCCUCAAAGAACUGGGCAUCAAAGUGGAGAAGUACGUGGCUUCGGAAGUGUGCGAGGAGUCCAUCGCCGUGGGCACAGUGAAGCAUGAGGGCAACAUCAAAUAUGUGAACGAUGUCCGGAACAUUACCAAGAGAAAUAUUGAAGAGUGGGGCCCCUUUGACCUGCUGAUUGGUGGCAGCCCCUGCAAUGACCUCUCCAACGUGAACCCUGCCCGGAAGGGUCUGUAUGAGGGCACAGGCCGGCUCUUCUUUGAGUUCUACCACCUGCUGAAUUACACCCGCCCCAAGGAGGGGGAUGACCGGCCCUUCUUCUGGAUGUUCGAGAAUGUGGUAGCCAUGAAGGUCGGCGACAAAAGGGAUAUCUCCCGCUUCCUGGAGUGCAAUCCGGUCAUGAUCGAUGCCAUCAAAGUCUCGGCGGCACACAGAGCUCGCUACUUCUGGGGUAACCUGCCGGGGAUGAACAGGCCUGUGAUAGCAUCAAAGAAUGAUAAGCUCGAGCUACAGGACUGCUUGGAGUUCAAUAGGACAGCAAAGUUAAAGAAAGUACAGACAAUAACCACCAAGUCGAACUCGAUCAGACAGGGGAAAAAACAACUUUUCCCUGUUGUCAUGAAUGGCAAAGAAGAUGUUUUGUGGUGCACUGAGCUAGAAAGGAUCUUCGGCUUCCCUGUGCACUACACGGAUGUAUCCAACAUGGGCCGCGGGGCCCGUCAGAAGCUGCUGGGGCGUUCCUGGAGUGUGCCUGUGAUACGACACCUCUUUGCCCCCCUGAAGGACUACUUUGCCUGUGAAUAGUGACCCCCAUGGGUCUGCUGGGGUACCCGGGAUGCCCUGGGUCGAGCCUGGUCCCAGGAGCUGCUGCCUGGGCUCUGCCCGUCCUCAGCUCAGCCUUGAGGUGCCGCACUGCUUACCUCAGUGGGAGCCAGCAGCUCGUACCCCUCCUGGCAGGAGCCACCAAGGUGCACACACAUGCACGCACACA